AAUGUGGAGAGAAAAAGAUAAAUUCUAAACUGGUGCAGCCAGUUCAGCUAUUUAAAAACAGACCCAUAAUAUUUGCAUGUAUUACUCUCUUAUGCAUAUAUAUAUAACAAGAUGUUAGUGUGCAAGAUGGCCGCCAUUGUCAGAUGUACGAACAUCGUCGAUCAGUUUGACGGUCGACAGCGGGGUUGAGCGGGGUUAAGGUAUUUAAUCAAGGUUGCGAUUCCUUAAUGCUGACAAUGCACGAUAAUUAAUCGUGUUUCAGCGUUUAUUUAAUCCGCAUUCUCCCGGAAUGUCAGACGUUUCGUUUUCCUCUAUACGUAAAAUCAAUUUCUUUUUUGCGCGAUACGAGAUUCCUGCGAAGGUCAAAUAGAAAUACCCGUGAUUUUCUUCUGCCACUGUGAAUAUCUUUAUCUAUCGGGACACACAGAUUAUCCCAUUCUUUGUUCUCGAUAUAGUGCUUCGCAUAACUAACCUCAAGCCUAGACUCAAGAAGUGAGUCACGUGCCGCGACAGAUUAUUGGAAUCACUUGGUUUAAGAUCGAAAACAUAACCGCCGUGGGUAAGUUUUAAAUAAUGGCGAGCGAUCUGUCGAGCGGCUGCAUGGAGACGAUCGACAUCCUCGACGACGAGAAAGAGGAGGGUGAGAUCUCGUUGGAGGAUGUGAGUUCAUCCGAGGAGGGUGGGAUAGGCCAUUUGACCUGCAACUAUGUCAUCAACAGGACACGAUCGUGUCCGGAUUGCAAAUCAUGGGGCGAAUGCGCUCCCUGGUGCACCAUGAUGUGUCAUUCUAAGAGCAGGAGAGAUCCAGUCAAAGGAAAGGAAAACCGUCAUCAUGUCAGAGAAGCGGGAUGUGCAACAGCAAAACAUAUAGCGUCAACUUUACAAGAGAAGAAUGACGACCUAGUACCUAUUUCGAGCGAUAGCGAUAUGGAGAUUGUCGGUCUCACGGACACAUCUAAUCGAUCAAAAACCAGAAUAAAAAAGAAAAAGAGAAAGAAAAGAGACUACGACAUUAUUACCAUCGAUGAUUUAAUUUCUCCGGCCUCCGUCGAUUUGCCUAUAACAGAGUUUGGUACGCUGAAAAAAACACAUUACAGAGAAUUAAGUCCGGUUCGCAGAAGUGGCAGAUCGAGAGUGAUUUCGAGAUCACCAAUUCGAAGACACAGGUCACCCGUAAAAACUCGAUCACCCAUUCGGUCAUCUCGAUCUCCGUUAAAUCAUAUCAGAUCGCCGAUGCUGAGAAGAUCUCCGCGAAGAGUCAGAUCACCGAAACGAAUCUCGCCGCAUCGUUCGCCGAAACGGAGCUCGCCCCAUCGUUCGCCGAAACGGAGCUCGCCGCAUCGUUCAGAACCCGUCAGAACCGCAAGAAGGCCGUCGAGACUAAAUUCGCCGCCGUCCACUCGUUCUUACGCCAACAGACACGGCAAUGUGACGAAAUUAUUGAAGAAAGUAAAGCAGUCGGAAUCAAGUGUCGAUCGGACUAAAGAACAUCAACCGUCGCUGAAAGAGAAACUGUCAAACAUGUUAAAGAAACAUCCUGAUAGCAAUGACAAUGCGAUGUGUUUUAAGGAGAAAACGAAUGCUGAACCCGACAUUGUUAACGAUGCCGAUGACGAGGAAGAUUUGGCAUUGCUUCGACAAAAGGCAUUGGAGACAAAACAGAAAAAGUCUAAUAGAUCGUCUGAUCAUGGAUCGAUGGAUGUGGAACUGGAGAAGAACCCCGCUGCGAAGAAUGACGAUCAGGACGAAGAGGCGUUGCAGCUGCGCAUGAUCGCGCUUCGUUCGGCGGUCAUGAAGAAACAUCAGAACCGGGUUCGACGUGGCAUCAGAACGAACAAAAAGCCCUCUCGCAGUGAGAGUCCGUUUAAUCAGAGUUUCCUCGAUGAUAUACCCGUGCCCGGCGAUGAGCUACUGAAGUUCGCGUCACCGCCAUGCACACCGUUAUAUGACAGCAAUCACAUCGAGGACAUGGAGCUAGACACAGACAUCGAAGGCGAGAAGGAGGCAGAGUUGCCAUAUUCACCGACCGAUAAGAUCACCACGCACGUGCCUAUCGAUACAUCGUUACUUGGCAUCGAGCCGUCCGAUGUGUCGUUCAUCAACGUAAACGAGACGAAUAACAAGUCUCCGAUCUUCAAUGACGCAAAGCGGGUCGAAGGCAUGCCGUUGCUGAUCACUGACGUCGCGUCGUGUUACGAUAACGCUUAUUUAACGUCUCACACUUAUGAAGCAUCGCAAUACUAUGCAUACUCGCCGUCACAGCAGUGUACCGAUAUCUUCCUCGGUUCGGAUUUCAAUGAUGAACCGGAAGAAUUAUCCGACCACCUCAGGGACUGUCAGAGCGAUGAUGUCGUGUGCGACUUGAUAGAUGGUAUUUGCUGCCAAGUCGAUUCUUCGACGGGCGUUGCAUCGACACAAGUGGCCGAUGCGCGCCCGAUUCCAGUUCUAACCAGUCUUCUUCCGAUUCCUUCCACUUCGCCGAAACCACAGCAAAUUAUAGAGCAAUCUACUGACGAUAUUCUAUUGGCGAAUGUAGAUUCAACGUUUAGAGAGAACAAGUGCACUUACGAAGCGCGAAAGAUUUCCGAAUGUCCUCUUACAACGAUUUCUCCGACUAUGUAUGCCGAGCCAGUGUCGAACGAAUCGGUGAUAACGAUCGAUGAUCUUCCAGAGACGAAGAAGGAUUCAUUGAGUUCUCUUGUUAUUGACAGAAAUUUGCCGACUACAGAUUAUAUUUCGAAAGAGGCGGCGUCAUGCCAAGCUGUCGAGCGAGAAACGUUGCAGGAACCCCUAUACAUGCAGGGUGUGCCGGACAUUACCAAAGAUGCGAAUAAGAUACCUACCUUAAUCAACAAAACGUUGGUUCCCGCGCCUAUAUUAAGAUCGAAUAAACGACUUCAGCAACCGUUGCCAAUAACGAAAAAAUGCGAGACGCAUAUUCCGGAGCCGAGCUUCAAGAGUGCCGAGAUGCAACCGGUGAUCGUUACUACGAAUGUACAGAGCGCGAAGAACGGCAGCAACUUUAAACCUAUAAAAUUGCGAGUUGCGAAGAAAUCUGCGCCCAUUUUAACGGCGUCCGUUGCAUUCGAUAAUCUUACGAACGAGAAUUCGGAAAACAACGCAUCGGAGACUCAAGGAGGAGGACCCUCUAAAGAUAGUUGCGAAGUAAUCGAACAUUCCGCUACUGCUAACACGGUGCAUACAGUAACUGUGAAUGAUGACGUCGUUUUGGCGCGUAAAAGACGAAAACGCAUUAAGAAAGAUCGGUCCAAGAGUUUCGGCUGCAUACAAUUACUCGCCAAGAAACGGAACAACUCGGAUGAUGAUGUAAAUAAAGAUGUAAAUAUUAAAUUUUCGUCUACCAUAGAACGACAAAUUACUGAAUCUGAUCUAAGUGAAAGUAAUAAUGACAAUAAGGCACAGGAGAGUUUAAUGGAGAAUGAAGAAUCGAAAUUACAAAAUGCCAUUGAUACCCAAGAAUCAAUUAGUUGCAGUAAUAUUACAGUAGAAAAUAAAGAUGCUGAGAAGAGUGAUCUUAGUCCUACGUUAUCAGCUCCCACUGAACAUUCACAAGAGAGAAAUAUCGAAUCUCGUUUGUCAAUAAAUUCCGCAUCCGACAAUCUUGAUUCUGAUGCAUCCAACAAAGCAUCCAAGGACGUUGGUAACAGGAGACAAAGUGUCGACGAGGAUGAAAAUGAACUGCGAGCCAUUUUAUUAGCCUCUUUGAAACGAACCAAGUUAAUAGACAUUAAUAGUAACUCUUCAGCAAUUUCAAUUACUACAAAUUGUACUACAACAAACACUCAAACAUCUAUACAGCAAACAUUAACAGACACCAUAUCAAUCGCAGCAAUUAACUCAACGCAGGCAACAGUGAACAGUAAUGUUCCGUUAUCAACAAGAUUGAGUUCAUUGGUAACUCAGGAAAAAAAGAUUAAUCGCGUAUCUAGCUCAUUACUCGCGAGCGGCAACAAGAAAAAAAUCAACAGCGUGGACGCAGUUAAAGGUCCGCCGAAGAAAAUGAUGAAAAAAUCGGUUAUCCCUGCGAGUACAAAGGUGGUGAACAAUGCCAAAAAGUAUCAAAAUAUGAUAGUGCAGAGGAGAUUAAAUCUGCGAAAGCUCGAUAACAAUACGACAAAGUCUAACGAGAACGUGUGGUCUAACGCUAAUCCGUCCAAGACGUCGUUGCACGUGUCCGACACUCAGCGAUUUGUGAUAAGCUUAGGAUCCGACACGGACAGCGAGUCCGACGGUGAGAAGCGUAGGGACUCCGUUCUCGUUCCCACUAUAGAAAAGCAACAAACACAGGAUAUUAGUGCUGACUUCGAGCAGAGUUUGCACAAAUUUCUGCGCGACAUGAGAAAGGAACAGGAACAAUCCGCUGUGGCAAUCGUGACCAAACCUGUGACGACACGAGACGCGCCACUAGUGACUAAGGGUUCAUCUAAUAUGCAUACGCCAUUGGCUGUGAGGCAUCUUCCUGCAUCGCAACAAGAGGAAUAUCGUCGUUUGAAGCAAGAAAUCUUAGAGCGCGAGAAGCUGAAACUACAAAGAAAGGUAGCAGAUAAUAAUAAUGGCGGUAGCAAUAAUAAAUUAUUAAAUACUAAUACAGCGAGUUCGCUAAUAAAAUCUCUAUCAUCCUCUGAAAAGAAAAGUAUGCCCAUUAAACAGAAUUCAGAUAAAUCAACAGAAUCGGAAAAAAAUUCUCAACAAUCUUCAGGGGAGAGCAAAAAGAAAGAUAUCAAUGCGGCAAGAAAUUCAUUAAUAUCAAAUGUAUUUCAUACGCCUGCAAACAGUAAUCUCUCAUUGAAUGUUGAUAAGCAUACUAAUUCUGCGCAUUCAUCAGCUAAAGGAAUUAAGAAAACGAUACCGAAUAAUCUCAGCAUUCGUAUUACUAAUGAGAUUGCGCCGAAUCACACGGCAGUGGAAAGUAGAACGGUUGAGAAUUCGUGCGAAAAGCAAUCCGCGAAUGAUAAACCACAGAAUAAUAGACCUGCUCUGAGAGCUUUAACUAAAGAAGAAAUAAACCGCAAGUAUGUCCAAGUUUUGUUAAAAUCAGAUAUAAGCGGGCGAGUCGUUACUAUAAACGAUAGACCAGCUUUGCGACACGAUACGACAAACGUCAAUCAAAGCGAGAAACCAGUCGGAAAUGAUGUUAGUAUAGAGAUUUUAGAGGAAAGACAAAGAAACAAUGAAAAUAGUAACAACACUAGCGUGUUUUCCAACGCGUCUACUGUAAAGCUUUCGGACUUCGCCGCCAACACGAGCAAGCCAGAACAUGAAGAUAUCAUGAUGGAGGCUACAAUGUCGCUUUCCCAAUAUGAGGCAGAAAGACGAGAAAUUAAUUGUAAUACUUCAAUGUCGCUAUCUUCAGAAAAUAAUAGUAAUAAUGCUUUCCAUAAAUCUGAUUCUGAAAAUGUGGACAAUAAAGGUAAUACAGAUGACGUUUGGGAUGCGCUUAAAAAAGAUGUUAAAGAGGAAUUGGAUUCUUUAAUAAAUCUUCCAAAAACAGAGCAAGAGCGAUAUUUGAGAGAUACCGAGCAUAAAUUAGUUGCGAGACGGUAUACGGUCUUAGAUCAUUUGGCAGAAAUGUCAGGGAAUCUUCGUCAGUGGGACAUGGAGAAGGAAUUGCAGAGUAGUCUGGCCAGUGAAGUGAGGAAACUUAAGGAGCAAUUGAAGAUGGCCGAGGAAAGAUUACAAUUGCAGCGGGAUCGCGUUAAUAGUAUGGGGCCAAAGGUUUCGACCGCGCGCCAAAAGAUUAAUGCUGGACGGCGCGAAUGUUUUAAAUUAUCGAGAAUUUGUUCGACUUUAGGUAACCGGCUCAUGGGGAAAAUUUACAAAUUACCAGAGGCAGGAGGUCAACUUUUGAGUGAUAAACUUAAGGAAGUUGCUAAUCACACCCGUCAAUUUACUAAAAAGAAACGGAUCCAGUUUAAUGAUGCCUCUGAAAAUUCAAAUUCUAAUUUGUUGCGCCAAAUCUCAGAAUCAUCUAAGGACACACGCGUCGAAGAAGACCUAUCAUUGCAAGAACAGCCAGUGAAUGAUGCAACUGAUGUAGCUGGAUCAAAAAACGACACUUGUCACUUGAAGCAAUAUAGUGACGGUGGAAAUUUAUCCACAUCAGAAUCCUCUUUUACAUUAAAUCUUUCGCAAACGUUUUUAAAUCAAUUAACACCUGCGAAGAGAAAAGAAACGUCAACAAAUGCGUCAGAGCUUCAUAACGACGACCAAGUUACGCCUCCUAAUCAAGAUGCUUCUGAACCAAAGCUGUACCAAAGUACUCCUGUAGAACAAAAUAAGAAACAUAGACAAAGAAGCUGUAGCACACAUGAUCCUAUUACAUCUUCAGAACUAGGAUCGUCAUCGACAGAUCCUUUUUUAUGUCAAGAUAGUGAACAAAAUAAUAAGAAAAUGUUACCAUCACCGCCGUUAUCGAUGUCAACGACGAAGACGACAGAAACAACGACGACAACGACGACAACGACGAUGACGAUUGCGCCUUAUGAAUCGAUAUUAUCGCAUUUAAAAAUACCAAGGAACACAAACCCCCACGGAAUCUUGUGUCCGUAUGAAAUGAUGGGCAUUUGCAGGGACGAAGAUUGCCAAUAUAUUCAUCAAUCGAGGAAUCAAACCUGAAAUAAUGCAUUACUACUGAAUGCACUUUUUCAUCAUGAUAUACGUAAGGUAUCAUCAAUUAUUAUCAGGGAGAUAUAAAUAACGAUGUAGAUGAGAUUACAUUAGUUAAGCAGAGGCAGCACCUGAAGAUCGGUAAGUUCUCUUCAUCCAUGGCAGACUCUAGUGCAUACAAUCCUAAAAAAUUACCAUUUUAUAAAAAAAACUUAUAUUUUAUGCGUAAGACUUUUUUUCAUUGUGCUACUAUGAAGCAGCGCAACUGUAUUCUGUUGAAAAUUCAGAGAAUUUUUACAAGUGUAUAUUUUUUAAAAUUAUAAGAAAAAAAAGUGUUAUAAACUACAAGAGUAAUCAGUGCGGUAAAGACAGAAGAAGAGUCUGUUUACAAUACUAAGAAGAAAUAAUAUUUGAAAAAGAAGACCCAUUUCAGCAAUUGCAGAUCAUCAUUGAACAAUUGCACCAGUUACUCUUACUUCGUACUUUGAUAUAUAAGUUACCUCAUAAUAACUAAUCUUGUAUCUGUAUAAUAAAAGUUGAAUAUUUUUUCUUA